CUACCUAUGCUUCUGCUUCUACUGGUGCUGCUUACCUUUCCACUGGUGGAUAUGCUGCUGGUGCUGGCGGUGUAGGUAGUGGUGGAUAUGGGUUUGGAUCUAGAUCUCGAUCUGCUCCGGGUGGUGCUUUAAUGACAGGUGCUGGUGGUGCAAGGAAUGAUGAAAUACCAAACCCAGGCGCUGGUGCAAAGCCCAGUGGUGCAGGUGGCGGUUCUGAUGGUGGUGCCAGAACAACUGCUUCAUCUGGACCUGCUACCUUUGCUUCUGUUACCCUUGCAUCUGCGCAUGAUGUCUCCAUAUAUUAUGCUACCCUUGCUCUCUAUGCUAGUGGUGCUGGAUAA